UGUUAUUAUCAAAUAAUGAUUUAUUUCAGCAUAGAUAAAAUGUACACUCAAAAUAUUUAGCAUGCGAGUGUACUUAUACGAAAACUGGUGACAUGUGCGUGGUGGUGUAUGUUGGAAGUGGACCCAAAUAAAGAAAAAAUGAUUAAGUCCAAAAACCAGAUUCCCAACCCGCGGCGAAUUCGCCAGCCAGUGGAAGGAGUUUUCUGUAAUUACACUCACAGGACCUGCAUGCACAACAGACUGGAUGGAUAUGACUAUUGUAUAAGACACAUUCUUGAGGACAAGAAUGCACCAUUCAAACAGUGUGCUUUCAUUUCAAGCAAAAACGGAAAACGUUGUCUCAAUGCUGCACCAAAAGCAGAUAGGAAAGAUGGUUACUGUGCAGAACAUUCACGGAGAGCAGUAUUACUACGGCAGAGAUCCACCCGAAAAGCACAGCCCAAGGAAACAGCUGAAAGUCUGCUAGAGGACCUAGAUCACUUUAAAGGUGUGCAAGACAGUCGGCGAAUCAAGGGCUACUCCGAUAGUGUAGCCAGCAAAGUUCUAGAGUAUGCUAGUUCUGAGGAUUCUGACUUGGAGCCUCCUCUAGUGGACCAAGCAUGGCGAGGGGAUGGGGACAGUGACCCAGAGAGUAUCGACAGUGAUCAGGAGGACCUACUCAAACAUGCCGGUGUGUACACUGCCGAGGAGGUGGCUCUGGUAAUGCGGGACAAACUCAUACGACUACAGUCACUCUACAUUGACCAGUUCAAACGACUUCAGCACAUCAUGAAGGAAAAAAGACGAAAGUACUUGCACACUCACAAACAGGAAAAAGAAUCUCUAGGCAGUUUAUCUGUUUACAAAGAAGGUCCAGAAACAAGAGACAAAUACACAAAACUGAAGGCUCUCAAGAGAUACCACAAAAGGCAUGGAAAGGAGGCAUUACUACAUCGUCAGUCCAAACAGAGGAGGAUCGCUGUGUCAGAAGGGGCCAAUUACAGACCACCAUCCUACCCCAAGUGUGUAUAUGUAGAAGAUGGCAACAAGUGUUCACACAGAGCCCUUCCACUGUCCAAGUAUUGCUCGCAACACAUUCUAACUGACCAGUAUCAGGUGUUGUACCGACCUUGUCAGUUUGGAGGAGGACGGUGUGGUCAGCCUGUGGUCACCCUAGAGGAUAAUGCACGCUGUCCACUCCACACUUCACUUAAGGAAAUGGAGACCAGGUUUCCUCUCAAACCAGAGGAAACUGAUGAUGAACUUGACCUUGACGAGGCAGAGUUGUUGCCCAAGGACAUAUUGCUUCCCCACCUUGACGCCUUGCAAGCCAGGGAUGCAAUGGCCCAACAUCUCCUUUCCAAAAACCCAGAACUUCCGGAGUCCAUUUUCUCAGGAUCAGAGCCUGAUGAUAAUCCAAUGUCGUCCUAUACACAGGAUUCUUUACAGAACCUGAUGCCUUCUAAACAUCUAAUAGACUCUGACCUCAAAAUCCAGCUUGAUCAACAGCAGUCUUCCUCGAAUAUGUCAUCUGCAUCUUCAUCAUCAUCUCCUUCUCCUUGGUCAGAUGAAACCAAAGAGGAAAAGAAGGUAGCCUAUGGACCACUGUUGCUUCAGCACUUACAGGGGAAGGUAGACCUUACUAGUAUCCACAACCGACGUGUCCCCACAACCAGUCCAAGACAGACCACAAGUAGUGCUGCUGCCACAACACCCGAAUCUAUUGUAACAUCUGAGGUGUCUGUAUCAACUCCCCUUUCAACCUCAUCAUCAACACUCACCGCAAGCUCUUCUGAGAAUCACAAUGGAAAUGAACUGUCACAGAAUGGCGAUAGCAUGGAUGUAUGAAAGAGACAAUUUUAAACCUAAUAGGAAAAUAAAGUUUGAUUGCCAGAACUUUUGCAGUAAACAUGAAUUUCUUAAAAAUAAUUGAAUGGACUUGGGAAACUGGAAAAUAUUUAUUUUUGGGACCAAUUGUGCCAGAGCAGAUAGUAUUCUCCAAUUUACAGGCUGUGCUCUCUGCAUCUAGAUGUUUACUAUAUUUGCUGUUGUUUAUUAUGAAUUUUGUUGAUAUUAAAUGAAAGUUUUGAUUGUA